GUUCAAGUGAGCUUCAAGUCUGCUGAAUUAGCAGCGGUAUUGUAAAACGCGUAGUAUUAUGAUACCAGGAUUUCGUACUUCUCGUUGUUAUGAAGUCUAAAUACCUUCUUGAUUGAGUGUAUACUGAACCAUUGAAUUUAUACCUUGGCAAAAGAAGCUUCUUUCACUGCGCUUGGCGCUCUGAAUGGCGCCAAUUUGGCAGUCUGUAUGAUGCGCUACCUGCUAGAGAGCGAUCGGAGAGUGGAGGAGGAAGAAGUAUAAUCUUAUCUUUUAGCAUCAAAAUUAUUUUACUGAAACCCUUCGUCAUGUGAUCGUUUACUUUAUACCAUUGUCAUGCAAAUGUAUGUUUUUCAUCGGCAUUAUUUUUUUCUUCUUUUCAUUUUCCUCUAUUUUGACUUGUGGGAGAGUUUUGCUGAUGAAGUCCCUGCUCAAAAUGUGCGACUUGGCGGUAAUUGUAUUAACUCCGAGCAGUGCCAAAAGGCUACGCCUAACAGUACAUGCUCAGAUGGACUCUGUACUUGCAUGGAGGGUUAUUUCCCUCUUAAGAUCAACACUUCAUACUGCGAAUCAAAAGCAAUAGACAUGACGGAUGAAGAUUAUGUUGGAAGCUCUAGUCCUCCGAAAGUGCGGCAACAGCAUGUGGAUCCCAAAAUGAUCAUAAUUAUGGUUGUUCUCGCAGUCAUGUUUGUUGGGAUUUGUGUAGCGUUACAUCUUUUCAGCAGAGCUCGUUUCCGGAAUCAUCGCACUAUCUUCAAUUCACCUCAUCCUCGUCUCAUGCAUAUAAAACUGGGUAAGAAGAAAGGUCGAAGGAGGGCCAGUCAUACUAGCCUAGAAGUUCCUGGAUCAAGGCAGCUAAGUAUCUGCUCUCAGCUCUCGCCUUUGCAAUCGCGAAGAGGUAGUCAAGCCACAAGCCCAGAAUUUUGCCAAAAACCUCGGAGGUCGAACGCUGAGAAGAGUGAACUUGCAUCGCAUGGUCGAAAGACAGCUAAAACGGAUUCAUCUGAGAGAAGAACUGACGCUCCAACUACUCUGACCAACGGCCCAGGAUCUCCAACGGUGGUUGUUGCGAGUGGCAAAGGUCCGAGCAGAGCCAGUGCUUCUAACACUACAGUUUCUGCCAGAGUCUGAAUUAUAAUUCCCGAAUUCUAUAAUACAAAUCACAAUUUUUUUUCCAAAUGUUUGAUGAUAGUAAUAGAAUUAUGCUAAUUUGAGAUUUUGAGGAAAGAUAGUUACAUACUGCCAAUUUUUGUAUGUAGCCAAAAAAUUGACAGGUUUUCCCAUCACUUUAUUUUUGGUAAAAUUAUUUGAUGCCAGAUUACAUCAAAUUUUUUAUGCUAUAUUUGAAUAAAAAAAUAUAAUUUUGCCCUUUAAAGAGCAAGGAACAAACAUCUUAGUAAUAUUUGAGAUGAAUAACUCUAUAUUUUAAUUUGAAAUUUUCCGUAUGCCUUUAAUUAGUACCUUUCUUUUUAAAUGUAGUCAUCUUUUAUUUCAUACUAAUAAGGAGAAAAUUGGGGAAACUUAAAAACAUUGGUUUUACCUUGGUAAUUAUUAGAUUUCUUUAUCAUAUUGUUCGCGGCUGUAGAAGGUGACAUUUCGAGUUAUUUUAUCUAGAUCAGAUCAUUUGAUUUAAGAUAAAUAUUUUACUCGGCUUUAGCAAAUGCAUACGGUCUGAUGUAGAACAUUUAUUUCCUUUCAGUAAUGCGCUUUCUAGUAUGUCUAAUUUUAGUUAGCUCUAGAGAGUGUGAAAUAUAAUUUGCCCCUGACCAGUCUUCGAGAUAUUAUAUCAAGUCCAACACGUGCACGUUACACGUGCAAGUCCAAAAUAAUACCGUCACGCUUUAUUGAGAUAGAAGCAGCUUAAAAUGCGAUUCCUAAUAAAUUUAUAUCUUUCCGUUGUAUUUUUGGAGUUUGUUCUUUCAGAAAAUAUAUAGAUUUUGACAUAUCGUUACAAAAUUAGUAUUCUGCAUAUUAUACUCUCUGCAAAGAAGCUAAACGUCCUAAAACUGGAGUUGUUGCUCAUCAAACUACAGUAUAUGCGUAAUUUUGUUACAGAGUAAUGAUAAUUUGUGUUUCUAUUCUAUGUCCAAAAAUACAAAUGCCUAUGCCACGGUUUUCAUAUCAAUGGGACCAUUUUAGAUUUACACUGAAUAUGGUCAGUCAAAAUAAUCAUAUUCUAUAAAGUAACCCUUUUGUAAAAUAUGGUGGAAAAAUGUAAAAUACGGAGGGUGAUGAUAAAAAUAGUUGUUGAGAUCAAAAACAAGGAAAGACGCGUAAAGAGGUGGGAGAGGUGACGACAAUGUAUGCUGGUUUUGCACCAUUAUGCCAAAAUAGAAAUAAGCACAAUACUCACAUUAACUUAAUUCCAACAAAAAAGGAACAAUAAGUGAUUUCAUCAUAUCCCUAUUCCCAAAUUUUUGAUGUUUCACAUAUGUUAGUGAAACUUUUCCAGUUAGAAUUAAUUUCUGUAAUGCGCUGUUUAAAUGCACAGUCAGUUUAAUGCAUAUAUCUCUCAUUCAUUAUUUGCAGGGUCGGAAUGCCAUAUAGGUACGGAAUUGUUCACGUUCUUCAACUGUGUAAUUAGAUAACUUAAGGUAAAGAUUCUGAUGACGUAUUGCAACUUGAUUCCCUGCAACCAGUGAUUACAUUGCGCGUAAAUUUUGUAAGGAAGUAAUAUUUACGGUGCGGUAAUUAUUAAGUAUUAAGAUAAGCACUCUAGAGUUUUAGUAAACCUCUAGCAUGUAUGCUUUGUAAAUCCUUGUAUUUAUGAUAUCAGAUAUUGGUAAGAUAUCCAGUUCAAAUUUUAUAUUCUCUACUAGUAUAUGGGAGCACAUCUAGGGUAAGUUUUUUAUUUUCGUAAGACUGUAUUAGAAUUUAUGCAGUUAAACAGUCAACUGAAGCGCUAGGCCUAGUAAAAUGUCCAGUUUUAAGUGAAAACCACAUAACUUUACUCCUAAUAUAAAUGUAUUUCUUACGAUAGGUACAGGAAGAAAUAAGCACUUUGUGAGUAAAUUCCCUUGAAUUCACAUUAUCGUUGUUGAAAAAUUGGGUUGUGCAUCAUGAAAAUGUAUAAUAAUUGUAACGAAAUAACGUAUUAAUUAGCGUAUAUGCGUAUUUUACGAAUUACGUUAAAAGGUAUAUAAUCUAGGAUAUAUAAAUAAUUCUGUAAUAAUAAAGGUGCUCUGCUUAUAUUUUUUUAUAUUUUUGACAGAGUGUAUUGAGAGAAGUUUUACAGUUUCUCACAGAGUACGGGUUGUCAUAAAAAUUAUUCCUCCAUAUAUGAACCCCUAGCGGCCUAUCCGCUCAACCAAUCGAAAAGAAAUUUCAGACAUUGCUAUUUGAAGAUAUGGGUUAGUGAUUGUGAUGAUUUUAAACGGUAGAGCUCUCACGGUUAUGGUUACUGUGAAAAUAUUUCUAAAUUUUUGAAUGGCAACACCCUGUUCUUUUUCCUGCGCAAAUUGAUCAACACAUUGAAAAACUGAACGAUACACGUAUGAGGAAAAACAUUUGCGAAGAAGAACAUUGUACAGGACCAGUGACAACACAAACGAGCAGAGGGAAAAGAACUUUUAUUGGAUUUCAAGUUUUCAAAGGGCUCAUUUUUGCAAUGAUAAUGCAUUGGAUGCGGAAGGUUGUUGACAGCAAUGACGAACGUGACAUCGCAGGAGUAAUCUGUAUAACUUCAUGUUUUAAAGCACCUUUGAAUUUUGACAAAUCUCGCGGAUUUGAUGAGUGCACCUUAGAUUUCAGAUAACCACAGAACCAGAAAUCCAUCAUAGUGAGGUCGGGAGAUUUCGGUGGCCACGAAACUGCAAAGCUACAGAAGAUGACUCUAUCUUGAAACUUUGUACACGUUGAAAACUUCUAAUUCCAAAAACAAGUUUUUUCUCUGUCUUCUCUUGUGUUGUCAUUAGUCCUUUACAACGCUGUUCUUUGUAAAUGUUUUAUGCCAACAAUGUUCGUCACGCGUGUAUCGUUCCAAAGCCAUUUAUGAUUUCCGAUGCACUGAUCAAUUUGCGCAGGAAAAAAGUGGUUGUUGUCAUUGGAAAAUUUCGAAAUGUCCGUAGUCGUGAGAGCUCUGUUGUUUUAAAUCAUCACAAUAUGGAGAGCAUUCCUCCGAAUAGUAGCAUCUUAAAUUUCAUUUUGAUUAGUUGAGCGAUUAGGCGCUAGGGGUUCAUAUAUCGGAGAAUUUUUUUAUGACCAUCUUGUGAAUGGAAUGCAAUUAGACAUGAACUCGCAAAAUAAUCCUCACUGAAAAUUUCUGCAUCCGAAUUUUAAUCAGAUUAUUGUAAUUGUCAAUACAUUCAACUACUUAAAAGAUUCUAGAACUGCCGAACAUUUUAGUCUCGGAUCUAAAAACAUGCUGUUGCAAUUCUUACGACUUCAGACUUCAAAAUGAGUUCCACCCUCACAUCUAAACCAUUCAAGUUCAAUCUUCUAUUUUUUAAUGUUUAAAGAGGUACCUGCUUGAAUAUCAUAUUUAGUAACCCAUGGAAAAUUACUCUUUUCUUUCUUAAUUUUUGUCUGCGGUUUAAAUAGUAUAAGAAUGUCGAAUGAAAUAGUAUAGUAUAGUAUGUAAAUAGUAUAGUAUGUCGAAUGAAGUAGCAGUUAACAGAGUUAACAAUUAGCUAAUUUUAGGAAGCUGGUUGUCAAUACAUAGAUUUGCAUUUCGCGUAUAAUUGUCAUCAUUAUAGCCUUUCUUUCAGUUUCUUUUGUAGACAUCUGAAUAAAUAUUUUCUACCCGCUCAAGAAUAAUAAGUAACGUUUCAAGAGAAAUAUUUAUGAAUAAAAAGUAAAAUUGUGUUCUACAUUGAUUCACCUUGGGAAGAUGGCAAAAAAUGCUGCUUUCGCAACUCUUAUCUUGACCUAAAGAAGAAAUUUAAAUCAUAGCAAGUUAAAAUGGAUUACAGAAGCGUUUUUUGUUUCGUAAUUAAUUCUUAAUAAUUCUUAAAUUAUCGUAAAUAAUUAAAGAAUUAUCGUAAAUAAUUCUUUAAUUUGUUAUAAAACAUCAUAAAUGUCAGCAACUAAUUGCUAAGUUUGUUAUAAAAGCUUAGCAACAACAAAAGUUCCUUUAGUGUAAUGAAAGGACCGUUGUUCACUUCAGAUUUCAUUUCUAAAUGUUGCAUUCAGGUUUAUUCAAUGACUCAAACUUAUAGCAGUAUAGUAAUAACUGUUAAAUAUAUAUAAUAGAAAAACAUGAACUACAUUUUCAAGUUUAAAGUUUACAGAGAUAUAUAGAAUUUGUCUAAAUGAAGGAUAUGGGAUUAGAAGGCAGUCUUGUACUUGAAAUAAAUUCAUCAAAUCUUCAUUCUACAUUUACAUCAGGAGGCCUAAGAUCUAAACCAAAAUUAAUUAUAUCUUUAUUUACUAUACAUAAAAGAAGAAAAUUGAGAUAAUAAAGAUAGGCACAUUAAACUUAACGUAUAUUUUAAUUUUUUUAUAUUUUCCAAAACAUAAAGUCCUAAAUCUGGUUUCAAAGAAUAUUUAGACUUGUCAUCCGAUGUUGAAAAAUGGCUAUGUAACAGAUUUCAACGGUAGAGGAUUACUCUCUGAACUAGUAAUGUAUUAUUUCAAAAGCUUAAGUUAAAUUUAAAUAAUAAACAGAUAAAUCGUAAUUAAAAAUAAGAUUAAUGUGCUGCUUAAAGUGAUUUAUAAUGUAAAUUCGAAAUUGUUAUGAAAGAUUUGUACUCCAAGAUGCAAUCAAGUUUGCUUAUCUGCAAAUUUUUUUAUGAGAGAUUAAUAAAUCAUUUAUUAGAAAAUUUAUUUCUUCUCUUCAAUUGAUAGUUUAUGAGUAAGCGUAAUUUUAGCGUUUAGGAGAAAGUUAGAAAAUAUUAGAUGAAAGAAAAAGUAUGUUUUCCAUGGUCUACAAGCAUAAUAAUUUUAAAGCAGAAUUUUACUUCACUCUGAGGAUUAUCUACAUUGCAAAUUUAUGGUUUCUGUCAUAUGCUUGAAAAGAAGAGUCAUUUGUGUCAAAAUACAUGCAUGUAUGAGCCAUGACAAAAACUGAAAAUGUUACAUAAGAAUGAUUUGAAAUUAUUUCCUUUUGAAAAUUAAAAUUUUAAAAGUUAUUUGACUAAUGGUAUUCUGUUACAUGACUGUUAAAUUAAAAUAUAUAUUAAACUGAACUGUCGAAAUAUACCUUCAUUUGGUGUAUUUUAUCUAUUUAAGAACCGGAGUAUGUACGCACAAAGAGAAAACAUAACAAUUACUACCAGGCAUUUAUUCUAAACGAACUUCUAAUUUUAAUUUUUAUGAACAUGAGGAACAGUUUGCGAGUACAUGUGGUACAAUCUCUUUAUAAGUUUUAAGCUGUUAAAAUGACUUCUAGAAUGUUUCAGAAAGUUUUAUGAUCUCACGCCUAAUGUGUGCAGGAUAUCUAACGUUUGACUAUUACAUCAUUAUUCUUUCUGAGGAAACUUAUAUUAAAAAGCAAUAUUGUAUGCGAGUAAAUUGUUCAAUAGAAUGAGUUUCUUACUUUCCCUCAAACAGUUCCCAUGAAGUGAUAAUCUUCAGAAUACAAGCUAUAUGCUAUUAAUAAUUAUCCAAUUUAACAUGAAAUGACAACAGAUGAGUUGAGUAAUAAAUGUUAUUCUCCCAGAUGAAGGAAAUAAUUAUGGAAAUCUCUUUCAAACCUUCAGCUAGAUAUGAAAAAUUAUUAACUAGAUAUGAAAGUUAAAAUGUAUCAAUUAACGAAUAACGAAUUGUAUUUCAUUGUAAAGGGAUUUAUAUUCAGAUAUUACAAAUUGGAGGUUCGAGCAGAAUAGAAUGAAAGCUAAUGGUAUUUUAUAUAAAGAACUGAGAUUAUCACAUUCUGAACCUCUAAAUAUAAAAAACAUUUUAAGCUCUCAAAUGAGAACUUAAUUAUGCCCCAAAGGAAAGUUUCUGAAAUAAUAACUCAUUCUUUCAACAACGUUCUGUAACUUCUAGUUAUUUGUAUCCCUAAUGUAUUUGGAUACUGAACUUGCCUUCAAGGCAUAUUUUGAUAAGCUAAACUUAUUACAAUAAGGAUGAGAUAAUUAGGAAUUAUGAAUAUUUUGAUAAUUUCAGAAGGCUUUGGAAUUUUCUGAAAAUUACAUAAUAAUGCUUUAAGAUAUCCUAUAUAUAAUUAAAAUAUAAGGUUUAGAAUAAUCGGCUGGUAACUGUAUACGUCAACAGAUUUCCUCAGAAUUACAUGCUGUUGAGUGCGAUAAUAAUUCUCAGGUUAAGUUAUCAAUCAUAACAGUGAGGAAGUCUGAACUUCAUGAGGAUGCAUAAGAUAGAAUGAUCUAACACUUUCUUUUGUCGAACUUUGUUGUGUUGACAUACACAUAUUUCACUAAACUAGCUUCAUAAGUUACAAUGAUUUGAUGGUUUUUCUUAUUUCAUUCUUCUCGUGAUAUUAUCAAAAUAUAAAAUAAAAAAUUUGAUUGAAAUGUUAUGGGUGCAAACAGCGAAUAGUAACCGUAAAUUAACAGAAAACUGAUAUACAGGUGCAUGUCUCAGACAGAAAUAAUGUGAAAGCUGGAACUGGAGCUCAAUGUUUCAAUCACUUUCAGAGACAACUUAGAUAUCCAACACAUUUAUGGCGUGAUGGAGUAAGGCUUGAGUUUCUGCUUACAAUGUUAUUUAAGUAAUUUUUGUACUUCAGAAUGCCUGGUACAUGUGGUACCGGGAAUUGGUAUAUUUUAUUCGAAAUUGUUAAUUACCUUAAUAUGAGGGUGUAAAUCCAAGGUCUAAAAAAAGAAAAAAAGCUGAAAACAUAAAUCGACGAAGAGGAUGAGAUUGGUAAUCCCAGUGUUUCUCGAAAGUUCUGCUUGAUAGCAUCUUAAAAUGCUAAGAACAUAUAUUUAUUUAUGAUUGAAAUUUUAUCUGAUUCUGAGCUUUUUAAAGUAUUUUUUCCAGAAAUUUAUAUUUCUAGGCACUAUGCGUGACGUUCAUGCAUUGAGCAUAUAUUAAAAAUAUCAGAUAAAGUUAAUAGAGUUUCACUACCCAUGUAUCUUUCAUAUUUAUCGCUUAUUUCGAAUGCCUACGAAAUGUGUGUUUUAGACAUUUAAUGUAAAAUCUUAUCUGAUACGAUACUUAAUACAUGUAUACAUAUAAACACUUUUAUUAUAUACUAACUUCUUCUUCCUUUACAUUCGCGUUUCCUUGGUAACUCCACUUUCACGUAUUUCAACUGUUUCAGAAAUUUAACUAAGCAAAUUUGUGUGAUCAUCUUGUAAUGCCUUUUUGUAGUAAAUUAUAAAGAGGUUAACAUGUAAAAUUGUAUCAGUGCAAUGAAAACUAGAUAUCUUUUCCCUCUGCUGGCAAUUAUUUUACGCCUUGUCUAAAUGUUUUAUUCUGAAUAAUUGCUUAAGUUUUAUAAAUUCAUCAAAUUUUCUUGAUAAAAGUUUCUUAUCUUUGUGAAUAUAUAUAAAAUAAUUGUGAAAUUAAUUAUUUCACUCAUUAUCACUAUUGUACAUACUUCAUGUGGACUCAUAUAACCUUAUAUUUGACUAUUUUUUACUUCAACUGUUACUUCAUUUUCACUAAUACAUUUAUUUGAAUUCUAAAAACCAUAUAUGGCACUAGCUUUUAUUAUGAAUACUAAAGUUAAUAAUUUUCAAUAUCUGCAUAUUAUACUUAACUGAAAAGUUAAUGAACAUACAACAGGCAAGAUUUUUUUUGUAAAUAUUGCUAUUAUACUGAUGUUGUUUGAGUUAUCUAUAUGCAAUUUGUGCGCAUUUGAAAUAGGCAUUCAGUCUAAAUGUUUGAUUAAUGUUGAAAAUUUAUCCCAAAAUGUUUUUGUGAAAUUGUUCGUUAUAUAGUUUGUCAAUUCAGCCUUUGUACGUGAUUUAUAUAUUCUAAUAUCUAAUGAACAUUAAUUUUUAUCCUUCGCUUUUGCUUGUGUUGUAUUUUUUUCAUUCUCGUUAUUACUGAUGGAUUUAAAGGUGCGCUGGAAUCUAUAACCGCGAAGAAACUGGGACCAAGCUAAUGACCCUGCACAUCAAUGCACACCUGUACAAGAAAACUUUUAGAGUUUUUAUACUGCUUUUGCACAUAUUUCAUGUACAGUUUUCAACCCUGGAAUAAAAGAUUUUACUCUA